AUGCGUGAAAUGAAAGAGGUGAAUGAAGAAGCAUUCAAGCACCUUUGGAAGAUCCCACCUAGACAAAAGAUUUCCAAAUAUGUUGAUACCAUUCUGCCGAAUAUCAUAAAGAAGUUGGGAAAAGAAUCACAAAAGAUUAACAGUUGGAUUGUUAGGCAUGCAGGUGAAGUAGAUUAUAAGGUUAGGCACAUAUCACUCAUUGAAGAAAAGUUUGUUGUUAAUCUGUCAAAGCAUGAGUGUUCAUAUAGAAGGUGGAUGUUGAUUGGGCUACCAUGCUGUCAUGCCCUUGCAUUUAUGAAGGAUCAACAUUUACAGGUAGAUUAUUUUGUUCCUGAUUAUUAUAAAAAGGAGUGUUAUGAAGCUUUCUAUGCACCAAAGAUUUAUCCAGUCAAUGGAGAAUCGCUUUGGACCAAAACAGGUGAUGUUGACCUGCAACCACUCCCCAUAAAAAGACAACCUGGUAGACCCAAGAAGAAAUGGAACAAAGAUGCUGGGGAACAAGUUAGAAAUGAUACACAACUCAAAAGGUCCAAAUUUGGUAUCAAGUGCAGCAGGUGCCAUAAAGAUGGUCACAACAAGUCCACUCGUAAGCUGCCUACAACAACAAUAAUAACAACACCAAAUGUUGCUGCUAUAACAACACCACCACCAACUACUGCUGCUAAAACAACACCAACACUAAAUGUUGUUGCUACAUCAGCACCACCACUAACUGUUGUUGCUACAACACCAUCACCACCAACUACUGCUGCUACACCACCACCACCACCAACUACUGCUGCUACAUCAAUAAGACCACCAACUGCUGCUGCUACAUCAGCCCAACCACCAACACCAGUUGUUAUUGCACCAAGCCUAUCACCAACACCAGUUACUGCUACAUCAAGCCAGCCAACACCACAUUGA